AGCACAUGGUCCCUGGAUUGAUUUAGUCUAAAAACACCCAGUUAUUUGAUAGUAGCUACUUAUUUAUAGAGAUCGUCAAGAAAAGUGCAGAAGGACAGUGUUCGUUGUUGCCUGAAUAAGUUAAACACCGGCGAAACGAAAGCUUGAAAAUGGACGGUGGCGUGACGGUCAUCACCAAUCCCACAGUGUCGGUGCGGCUGACCAGUACCAUCAGUUCGUUCGAGGUGAAUAAACGAUAUAACAGGGGAAUCACCAUCGGCGAAUUCAAGGGUAAAUUGGAGAUGGUUGUGGGUACCCCGGCCUCCAGCAUGGAACUGCAGCUUUUCAGUACCACUGACAAGUUCAUGCAGAAACUGGAUGACAACGAGGCCCUGCUAGGUUCCUACCCUGUGGAUGAUGACUGCAAAAUUCACGUGAUUGACCGCAGUGGAGCCCAGAGCGGAGAGUUCAGUGAUCUGUCUAAAGUGGAGAAAUUUGAGAUUCCAGAUGAGGUCUAUGAGAAGAGGACAGAUUCUGUAAGGUCAUUCAUGAAGAAGCAACGCGUUGGUCGCUUCAAUGAAGAAGAGACAGCUAAAAAGGAGGCAGAGCUUGCAGCUCGUGAGGCCGAGGAGGAGGCUGCUGCUGCUGCAAUCGGCGUCGGCAACCGAUGCCAAGUGCAGGUUGUUGGGCUACCCACCAAGAUUGGCACCGUUAUGUAUGUUGGUACAGUAGAUUUCAAGCCGGGUCAUUGGGUGGGAGUGAAGUAUGACGAGCCUCUUGGGAAACAUGAUGGCAGUGUGAAGGAGAAGCGAUACUUUGAAUGUGAGAACAAGUACGGUGCGUUUGUCAGGCCCCUGACAGUGACCGUGGGGGACUUCCCAGAGGAAGACUACGGUCUGGAUGAGAUGUAGAACUGUGAUGCUGUCACCCAGUCAAAGGGUGUGGGCAGAUGGGUUCAACCAAGGUUCAACUUUGACCUCCAGUCCGACUACGAACCCGGGGCGAGGGACAGUGUCAUUGCGAUUAACUUUAUUUUGUUUUGCGCUGGUCAGGGAGGUAUGGGUUGGACUAUAGAGAGCUGCAACUGGGUAAGGAGGCAGUAUCGCCUAGGACCAAAUCUAGCGUAGGUGUUUGAUAUCAGAAUAGAAAUUCAGUGCAGAACGUGAGUAAACCGCCAUGGGAGGAUCUAACCUAGUCAAUGUUUCAUGUGAACUCUAUCGGAGGGUAUGAAGUGGUCCUCUUAUGCAUCACCUUCCCUUCAGAAGUACCCACUGUUCCCACUCAAUUACACUGCUCAAUGAUGAGUUGUUCCAAGAUGGAAAACGACUACUAAUAUUGUUCACUGGCAUUCUAUAUCAGAGCAGACUGUUGGGUUCCAAAUAUUUAAAAAAAAAUAUUAAAAAUUCAAUCUGUACAUGUACAGUGCAUAAAGAAAGUA